AUGUCCCUCAAGCAACCUUCUCUCGAGCCUGGCUUCCGCCUGGAGGUAGCAACUCCAGAUGACAUGCCAGAGAUCUGGCAGAUCUAUCAGGCAGCUUUUGAGGAUGACGAGCAGAUAAUCGGUAUCUUUCGGAAUGUAGUCAAUCCAGACGACAUUUAUCCUUGGCUUUGUGACCAUUUCACUCCUCGGUUCAACUUUCCCGACAUCAUCACUUACAAGAUAACAGAAGAUGCGUCUGGAGCCAUUGCAGGCUGGACAGCUUUACAGAUCCCAUGGAAAUAUCUGCAUCCAUCAGUAAUGACAGAACAGCUAAAGGCUAAAGCCACAAAGUCAGAAUUGCCGCCGCCUUUACCAGGCAUGGAUAUGCAAUCGCUCGCAGACUUAUUUCGAACGUUCCGUGAGUCUAAAAAAAAUGGUUAUGAUCCUGAAAAUGAUUACCACCGCAAAGGAACCAUGAUCCGUCCCGACAUGCAAAGGAAAGGAUUUGGUUCUUUCCUCACCGAAUACUGUAAUCAGAUUGCGGAUCAAACGGCUGAUAGAGUAUGGACACGGGCCCGUCCAUCAUCCCUGAGAAUGUUCCAGAAGAAUGGUUUCGUCAUCGCUAGCGUCUUUGAUUGCAAUCAUGAACGAUGGGGCGGCACGCGCGAAAAAUCUAUAAACUAUAUACUCCUUCAUUCACCACCAGGCAGCUCAACUGGAAAGGAUCUUACGAGAUAA